GGCCGAUUAAAGAGGAGGAAGACGAGCGUGUUAUUUGUUUAGGUUUGCUUGGACAAAAUGGGGACUCUUUCCUGCUUGGUUUGCAUGUCUGGGCUAUUCGUCCUGCUUGCGUGCACAUCAGCAUCUUCCGAUGUUUUUGAUAGUGUUCUUGGAAAUACAGCAUCCUGCCAUAAAUCAUGUGAAAUGACAUACAGUUUGCACACGUAUCCACGGGAGGAGGAACUCUAUGCCUGUCAGAGAGGCUGCCGUCUGUUCUCCAUUUGUCAGUUUGUUCGUGAUAGUGAAGAUCUGAAUCAAACCAAAUCUGAGUGUGAAUCAACCUGUCGUGAAGCCUACACCCAGUCUGAUGAGCAGUAUGCAUGCAACCUGGGCUGUCAGAAUCAGCUGCCAUUUGCAGAGCAACGCCAUGAACAGUUGGAGGCUAUGAUGCCUAGGAUUCACCUGUUGCACCCACUGACUCUGGUCAGAGGGUUUUGGGAGGAUGUAAUGAGUCAGGCUCACAGCUUCAUCACCUCCACAUGGACAUUCUACCUCCAGGCUGAUGAUGGCAAAGUUGUCAUUUUCCAGACUGAACCACAAGUCAGGUUCUUUUCUCAGCUUGAAGUGGAAAAAGAUGAAAACGAGGAGCCACAAGGAAGCUUCCCUGGGUUGAGCCCAGUUUACAAAGAAUAUCACCGCACUUUAAUCCAGGAGAGGGACAGAGAUCUGACUGGGGACCGCAGCUACGAUGAUGAAUACAACCUCUUCAGCUGUCUUUCAAGAAAUCCUUGGCUACCUGGGUGGAUCCUAACCACAACUCUGGUCCUGUCUGUGCUGGUGCUGAUCUGGAUCUGCUGUGCCACUGUGGCCACUGCUGUAGACCAGUAUGUACCUGCUGAGAAAUUGAGCAUCUAUGGCGACAUGGAGUUUGUGAAGGAAAAGAAACUGACUCCGUACCCAGCAUCCUCCCUGCUGAUCAUUACCUCCAAAGGCCCAGAGGAAGAGGCCGGGCCACUCCCCUCCAAAGUCGACCUGGGCCAGUCCGACAUCUAGAAGCCAAAGCUGUAGCAGAGAAGGGAUUUCCUUUUUUUUAAAGAAUAAUAUUUAGUUGAUUUUUAUUCUCUGGCACAAGACCUGUGCUUCUUGUGGUAUUGGAGUAACUACAUGCAGAAGAUUUUAUAUUACUGAUAUAAUGUCUCGUCUCCCUUUUUUGAUGCUUUUAAAAUUGGAGUGAUGAAAAGGUAUUUUUUUUUCUGUAUAUUGGUAUAAUUGAGGCAUUAUAGCGUAGCGAUGACAAGACAAGUAAAACAAAUCUCGGGAUUUUUCUUCAAUUUCGAUGUGCGUAUUAGCUCCCUGGUGGUGUGCUUAUGUUGUUGAAUAAUAGUUAAAUGAACUAUGUGACUUGAAGUGAUGCAGGUUUCAACCUAUACCCUCAACUUUUGGUUAAAUAGAUGUGCUAAUAUUGCAGACUCUCCCCGUUUGUUCUCAUGUUUCUACUGCCGUGAUUUACAGAUGUUGAAUUUUACAAUAAAGUUCUAUGCUCUUAAUCUUACUUAAUAGUGACGGUACACACAGUAGGUCUUUACUGCUUCACUGUUGUCUUUUAAUAAUGAAUCAGAAUUAAAAACUAUGGAGUGACGCUAUUGA